AGAACACGUGGAGCUGGGGAUGGACCAGUGGGGAGCAGGCAGGUUCUGGAUGAGAGCUGAGGACAGGACUAAACAGAGAUAUGUUUGGAGGCAAGAGACAGACCCUGGGGCCAUGGAUUGGCAACAGCAGAAGGCGUUGAGGAGCCCCCAGAGCGGGCGAGAGGGUGGCAAUAGCAUCUUGAGAAAGGAACACAGGAGGAACAGGUUUAGGGUAAGAUGUGGAAUUUGGGUUGGGCCCUGUUGCAUCAGAGACUGAUUUUGGCCCAGCAGGAAGAGCACCACUGGAAAAGAGAAACUUGGAGCAUGCAUCUUUUUUUGCCUGACCGAAAUAGGGUGGGACUAUAGGAAGAAAGGUGUUAGGGGUCAGGUCCUGACCACAGAGAAGGAAGGGUACAGCCCUAUGAGAGAAGAGUCAGGGUCAGUGUGCUGGUUCCAGAAGGGUUAAGUCACCAGCCUCCCUUCUUCAUAGCUUCCCCCACCCAGGACCCAGCAGUGACAGCUGAGGCCAUGUGAGUCUGAUCCUGAAUGAGGCUUUAUCUCUGACGGCUUGUCCCAUCGUCCACUGUGGCACCACCAGCUUCCUCCAACAGCCUGGAUGGAACAGGGCAACCAAGACAGCCUGAGCAAGAGAGGUGAGAGUAACCAUAGCCUGGACUGAGAAGAAAAGACUGGGCCUCUAGCUGCCAACCAGGUGAUGGGGACACAGGAUGACAAUACACACCCUCUGAACGCUGACACGGAUCCUCUAUCCUGACCCUGCCUGACCAAGCCAUGUCUCAACAAGCCUCAGUGGGCAGGGGGCUACCCCCAGACGUGCUGGCAGAGCAGGUGGAGCUAUGGUGGUCCCAGCAGCCCCGGCGCUCCUUGCUCUGUUUCUCCGUGGCGGUGAUCCUUGUGGCUGGCUGUGGGGCAGGCGGCGUGGCACUGCUGUCCUCCACCAGCAGCCGAUCUGGCGAAUGGAGACUCGCCGUGGGCACUGUGCUGUGCCUGCUGGCCCUGCUGGUUCUGGUGAAGCAGCUGAUGAGCUCCGCAGUGCAAGAUAUGAACUGCAUCCGCCAAGCCCAGCACGUGGCCUUGCUGCGCAGCGGGGGAGGGGCAGAUGCUGUGGUCGUGUUGCUCAGUGGCUUUGUGCUUCUGGUCACUGGUCUGACCCUGGCUGGGCUGGCUGCUGCCCCAGCCCCAGCACGGCCACUGGCUGCCAUGCUGUCUGUGGGCAUUACCUUGGCUUCCUUGGGCUCAGUCUUGCUGCUGGGUUUGCUACUGUACCAGGUGGGUGUGAGUGGACACUGCCCCCCGAUCUGUACAGGGGCGUUCUCCACCCGAAAUGGCCACGGUGAUAGCGGCAGCAUCUUUAGCAUCUCAGGACAGUUGUCUUCUGGCCAGCGUCAUGAGACUACCUCCAGCAUUGCCAGCCUCAUCUGACAGAGAUGGAGCCCUUCUUCCCAUGCCCUGCCUCAGUACCCCCAGAACUUGUAGCAGACAUGCACAGGUGUAUGCAUAUAUGUGUGUCCCCCUGCCAUGGCAUUGCAUGAUAUGUGAUUAGAAGCUCAUGUGCACCCACAUAUCCAUUCUAUGAGAAGGUGAGUGGUACCUGCUUGGGGCUGUUUGUAUCCAUGGACUGUUACACUAGUCCUGGGGUCUACAGUCUUAAGACCCUUCACCUCCAGCCUUGCCCUAUGACAUCCUGGAGGAUCUCCACAGGUGACUGUUGCCUAUCCAAGACUACAUCAACGAUCACUCUUUAAAGAGUGACUCUUGGCAAAGCUGGGAGAAAUGGGUUCCGGAUGAGAUGGACUUAUACGGGGAAAUGCCUUUGAGUUUGUAACCUAGCAGCCGGGGCCAGUGAGAGGUGACUCAGCUGCUCAGUUUCUUAGAACAGUGUUGCUAUCGAUUCUUAGGAUUAAAUGCCUCUUGGGCAAGAUGAUUGGGCUCCUGGCAAAUGUUCAAUUAAAAGGUGACUCUAGUGAAAAAAAAAUAAAUUAUGGGGAAAGGGUGGCUGUA